UCUUAAAUGUUUAGAUUCCAUCGUAUACCUAAAUAUUUUCUAUCUCUUCAUGAGUAUUAGACAGCUGAAUUUUUCAAGUCAUUUUAACUUCCUAUUCCUCCUGGAAGGAUUUGUAAGACCCCUGAUGAGGCAUACAAGGCAGCUUUGAAAAUUAUUCAAGAGGGUUCUGAUAGAAAUUCGUUUACAGAUGUGGUUGUUAAAGCUUAAUGUCAUACUGGAGGAAGAGGAAAAGGAUACUUUAAAGAAAAUGGAUUUAAUAGUGUAUGAAUGAAUAUAUAUACAUAUAUAGGGAAUACACAUAGCUUCAACACCAGAAGAUGUUAAAGAAUAUUCUAGUAAAAUGUUGGGUAAUACACUAAUUACAAAACAAACUGGAAGUUUGGGUAAGAAGUGUGAAAUGGUUUAUGUGGUAGAAAGAAAUUUCUUAAGAAAGGAAUUGUAUCUGUCAAUCCUUUUGGAUAGAAAUACAGGAGGAUUAGGGAUUGUAGCAUCUGAAAAGGGAGGUAUUCAUAUUGAGGAAAGUGAUCCUAAUUAUAUUAAGAAAUUCUCUAUUGAAAUGCCAAACAACGUAGAAGAUAUUGAUUUUACUAUUUAUGAAAAGGUUUCAAAAGUUUAUAAAUUAAAUCCAAUCUAAUAAAAUUAGUUGACAGAUGUAAUUAUAUAUCUAAUAAUAAUUAGAUAUUAAAAAAAAUGUUCGAUAUCUUUUUAUAAACUGAUGCAACGUUAUUAGAAAUUAAUCCAUUGGGGAUUGAUUUAUAAGGUAAUUUGAUUAUUUGUGAUCAAAAACUUAAUAUAGAUGAUAAUUCUUAAUUUAGAUAACAUGCUAUAUUUCAUAUGGAGGAUAUAAGAUAGAAAGAUUGGAAAGAAGUAGAAGCAUCAAAACAUGGAUUAAAUUAUAUAGCAUUGGAUGGAAAUAUUGGUUGUAUGGUUAAUGGAGCAGGAUUGGCUAUGGCUACAAUGGAUUUAAUUAAAUAAUAUGAGGGAUCUCCUGCUAAUUUCUUAGAUGUUGGUGGUAAAGCUACAGACUAAGAAAUUGUAUCAGCACUUAAAAUUAUGGAUAAAGAUCCAAAUGUAGAAGCUAUUCUUGUUAAUAUUUUUGCUGGUAUUGCUAGGUAUAUUUAUUAGUAUUAUUCUAAAAGGUGUGAUUAAAUAGUAUUGGGAUUAUUAAAAGGGUUGACAGUAUUAGGAAUGAAGAAACCAAUGGUUUUAAGAAUGAAAGGAACAAAAGUCGAAGAAGCUAAGAAAUUGAUUGAUGAAUCAGGAUUCAACAUGAUGUUUACAGAAGAUCUAGAUGAAGCAGCAAAGAAAGCUGUUAGAAUGGCAGCAAUAUUAAGAUUAGCCAAAGAAGCAAAUAUAAAUGUAAAUUUAACAAGUUGAUAUAAUUUCAUUUUCAUCUAUAC